CUAUUGCACAAGCCCAAUCAUUCAAUUCACUCAGGACAACAGGAGGAGGAAGCAGCAAACGCCUGUUUUAGAAAGAGGGGAAAGGAGAAGAGAAUCGCAAUUUCACAGAUGAAUCAAGAAAAGAUGCUGUGAAGUGCUUUUGAACCUCCGGGACAGCAGCAGUCCCAGGACGUGGGAUCAGCUCGCAAAGCGCUCACUUGAGAUCAACAGGUGAAUUAUGAAAGAGAGGCUGCUGUCAUUACCACAGUUUCAUCUUUCUUCGAGAACUAUUUGCAGCAUUUGCUGUAUCGCCUGAUUUCACUUAAGAGGGAACAAACAACUCUGUGAAUCAACAAACAACUCCAUGGAGUAAUCGGUUCAGACAUCCGAACUGAAUAGAGGACGUUUUGCAAGACGUCUCCUGUUUGAUCUCAUUCACUGAAGAGCCCUGUGGUAUUUAUGAAGAACUUUCUGUUUCAAUGACACCGUUCCCACAAUUGCUUGUAAACCAGAAUAUCUAGCUCAAUAAUGAACACGACUAUACACUGGAAUCUAACAUUUCAGCCUGAAGAGGUUAACGGUUCGGCACUUUACAGCAACAGGGAUGAGGAUGGAGUCUGUGAACUGGUCUUCAUCAAAGCUGAUGUAUUCUUGUCACUGGGGAUCGUCGGCCUUUUGGAGAACAUCUUUGUCAUCCUUGCAGUGAUCAAAAAUAGAAAUCUACAUUCCCCCAUGUACUUUUUCCUUUGCAGCUUGGCGGCAGCUGACAUGCUGGUGAGCAUAUCUAACAGUCUGGAAACUAUCAUGAUCGUCCUCCUGGAGAAUGGCUAUUUAAACAUUAAUAGUCACUACAUCCAACCAAUGGACAAUGUCUUUGACUCAAUGAUCUGUAUCUCGUUAAUUGGCUCAAUAUGCAACCUUUUGGUCAUAGCUAUUGACAGGUACAUCACCAUUUUCUAUGCACUUCGUUACCACAGCAUCAUGACAGUGAAGAAAGCUCUGGCCCUCAUUGGAAUGAUCUGGAUUGCUUGUAUCUGUUGUGGCAUCACUUUCAUCAUCUACUCUGAGAGCAAAACAGUUAUUAUUUGCCUCAUUGCCAUGUUCUUUACCAUGCUUUUCCUCAUGGCCUCACUCUAUGUUCAUAUGUUCAUGUUUGCACGUCUGCAUAUCAAGCGCAUUGCAGCCUUCCCAGUGGAUGAUGUGCCCCAGCAGCGUACUUGUAUGAAAGGGGCUGUCACUAUCACCAUCCUCCUUGGGGUCUUCAUUGUCUGCUGGGGACCUUUUUUCCUUCAUCUCAUCCUCAUCAUUUCUUGCCCCACCAACCCACACUGUUUUUGCUACAUCUCACACUUUAACACAUACCUGGUUCUUAUUAUGUGCAACUCAGUCAUUGACCCGAUUAUUUAUGCUUUCCGGAGUCUGGAGAUGCGGAAGACCUUCAAGGAAAUGGUUUGCUGCUGUUUCGGCUUGAGUUCAGGAUAGUACCUGCUCUGAUAUGUUAGCCCACUAUUGUCUUUAAAGGCAUUGAACAAGGUUAACUCUGAAGCAAAGUAUCCUAAACACAACCAAAUAUAGUGCCAAAUGCAUAUGGUCCAAAGAGAAAAUAGAGGUUUUUCUAGCAAUGAUCAAAGAAAGGAUUAAAGACCAGAAAGUGUUAAGGGGGAGCUGCUGUGAUUUUUCUUCCCCUUUUAUACUUUACAGUAGCAACUUUAUCAAAGUUGAGUUCAUGUAGGUUGUGAAAACAGCAGCAAGAAUUGUACAAGUUUAUAUUAAAGGGUUAUUUAUUUAGAUAGUGUGAAUAAGAAAAUAAUGUACUUUUCUGUAACAGGGCUUCUUUUUUCACAUUGAUAGGGGAAAAGGAAUUUCAGCAGAUACAUCAUAUGAUCAGUUCUUGGAAAAUGCAACUAGCUUAAUUCUCUUAUCUACCAGUGUUAAAUGUGGAGACAUCUAGUAUUGAAAGUUUGACUAUUCUGGAUGGAAAUGUUUAAUUGAAAGGGACUAAUGCUGUAGUUUUAGCCACUUUUGCCAAUAUAUAAAAUGCUUUCACUCGUUUAAAAAAUAGGAAGAAAAUGAACUGCAUGAAUGUGGUUCUAUGAAUACAUGUGUAAAUCUCAUUAAAAUCUGUUGGCUUGAUUUUGGAGCAAAUCUAUUUUCAAUUAUCAGGAGCAAUCUGUAUAAUUAAGGUGGACUCAUGGUCUCAAAAUGUGGAGGGCUGAAUUACAGAUUAUACCUUUUCUUGCUUCCACACCCCAUACAGGUUGCCCUGUCAAUAUGUGCAAAAUCCAAAUCAUGGGUAUGUCUCCUAAAAGCAUAUCUUUGUCUUUUAAAGUAGCGAGAGUGGAGAUUAUCAGGGUAGAAAAGACUUGUUACUUGAGCUAUUCUUCCAAACAAAAUGGAAUAGCAAAUGCAUAAAAGGAUUUUAACUUUGGAAGAACUACUGAACUAAAUCCUGUUUCCCCCACAACACUGUGAGCUAUAGUAUGACAUCUGUUACAUACCAUUUUACAUCUUCUGAGCAUUUUACUUAAUGUUCUUUGUGCUACAACAUAAAGUAUUAUCUCUUGAUAGGCAAUGAUUGCCUGAAAAAGUUAACUCUGCAAAGUUGUUUCUAGAGAGGUUUGUUGCAUGACUGGCUUGUAAAGAUAUAAAUCAAACUAUUCCAUCCAAGCACCUUCAAUUUUCAUGACCUGAGGGGUGGGGCUUUUGGGCGUAUUGAAUUGAGAAGUUGCCCAUGUUUUCUUCAUUUGUAACUUUGUUGUAUAGUAGUAACCUUGCAUUAAAGAAAUUUCCAAGGCUU